AUGCAUCCUUGUGUUUUUAUAAUUUUCUCACUUUUGUUGCUAUGCCUAAAGAAUACAACUGCCAACCAAUUGGUAACACUGGGAGGAGGAGGAGAUGAUAAUGGUGAUAUGAACAAGUGUUUGGAAAAGGAGAGAGAUGCUCUCCUUCAAUUCAAAGCAAACCUUCAUGACCCUGAUGGUCGUCUGUCUACAUGGGGAACCGAAGAAGAUGACUGCUGUAACUGGAUUGGAGUCAGGUGCCACAGCCAAACAGGUCAUCAUGUCACGGAGCUUGAUAUCAGCGACUAUAAUAUUGGAGGUGAGAUUAGCUAUUCAUUGGUUAACUUAACCUACUUGAAUCAUCUUGAUCUUUCUGGCAAUUCUUUUCAUGGAACCAUUCCCACCUUCAUUGGUUCCUUGACCCAAUUAAUGCACCUUGGCCUUUCCCGCAACUCUUUCAAUGGAACCAUUCCCAGGUCCAUUGGUUCUUUGACCGAAUUAAGGUACCUUGACCUUUCUUAUAACUCUGUUUAUGGAAUCAUUCCUUCAGAGUUUGGAAACCUCACCAAGUUGCACAUGCUUUAUCUUCGAGAUCUUGGAAGUUGUAGAGUUGAAAAUGUAGAGUGGCUGGUUCAUCUCUCUCAUCUACAGCAACUUGAAAUGGAUGGGAUAUCCCUAGCCAAAGAAAAUCAUUGGGUAGAUGUUAUUCUGAGUCUCCAGAAACUAACACAUUUAAGUUUAUUGGGAUGUGAGCUCUCACAUGUCAUGUAUCCAUAUUCUUCAUUUCUCAACUCUUCUUCAUCUAUAUCUUUCCUUUAUCUCGGAAACAACAAUCUUACAUCAUCAAUGUUUCAUUGGUUGUCCCCAUUGACCAGCGAUAAGCUUCGUCAUCUUGAUAUCUCUAGAAACAUGUUAGAUGGGAUACCCAAAUAUCUUGGUAACCUCUGUAGUUUGGAACAUUUUGAAUUUCAUAACAAUUCUGCUGUUGUCAGUUUUCCUGAUUUUCUCAACAACUUGUCUGGAUGCACAUUGUGUACAUUAGCAGAGUUGGAAGCUUCUCAUAGCCAUUUUACAGGGCCACUGUCAGAUAUGAUUGAAAAAUUUUCUUCCCUAGAAAGAUUGUCCCUAUCCAGUAAUCAAUUAAAUGGCACUAUAAAUGAGAAAUUGUUUGAACUGCCCAACCUUCUUGAUAUAGAUCUUUCACAAAACUCAUUCGAAGGAGGUCAUUCCCUAGAUCACAUGUCAAACCUUUCUUAUGUAGAGUAUCUUAAUGUGAGCUCUGCCAAACUAGGGCCUUACUUCCCCAAAUGGAUUCAAACACUCAAAAAUCUUACCCGUCUGGAUAUUGCCAACACUAGAAUUUCAGACACCAUUCCUCUGGGGUUUUGGGACAUGUGGCCUUCUCAAUUACAAUAUUUGAAUCUCUCUUCGAACAAUAUCAGCGGGAAAAUACCAGAUUUAUCGUCAAAUUUUGACUACAAUUCAGUGAUAGAUUUGAGAUCUAACAACUUUUCCGGUCUGAUACCAAAUGUUUCUUCCACUGUGCAAUCGCUAAAUCUUUCCAAAAACAAAUUCUAUGGAGGAAUCUUUUUUUUAUGCCAAAUUGAAGAUGGCUAUUUAAGAUUUCUUGACCUCUCCGAUAACUUUCUAACCGGACAGCUUCCAGACUGCUUGUGGCAUUUCAAAAAACUAAAAGUUCUUAAUCUAGGAAACAACAAUCUAUCUGGAAGGCUUCCUCUAGCUGUUGGAUGUUUGAUCAAACUGGAGGCAUUGUAUUUAUACAGGAACAACUUUUCUGGAGAAUUGCCUCUGUCUCUAAAGAAUUGCACGAGUUUAACCUCGUUGAAUUUGGGGGCCAAUAAGUUUUCUGGUAAUGUGCCUGUUUGGAUUGGGGAAAACUUAUGGGGGUUGUAUGUUCUUAUCCUAAGCUCAAACAACUUCUUUGGAACCAUCCCUUUACAAUUAUGUCAACUACCGAAUCUUCAUAUUCUAGACUUGUCAAGGAACCAUCUCCAUGGAACCAUCCCCUCGUGUUUGAAUAAUCUUACGAGCAUGGUUCAAGGAGGAUUCUUAGCUACACAAAUCGGACAUUUUUUCUAUUCAAUUUCACAUUUUUGGCAUGGUUCAACAAGUUAUUUUGACCAUGCAGUGAUUGAGUGGCAAGGAGCUGAACGGAGAAUCCCAUCUAGCACACAACUUCAGUCCUUUGAACCAUCAAGAUACGAUGGAAAUCCAAGACUAUGUGGACCUCCCAUUAACAAGAAAUGUCAUGGAGAUGAAGAACUUGAAGAACCACCUGUUGUUGUUGGUAGAAAUGAGGGAGAUGAGGAAGGUGUUGAUGAAGUUUGGGGAUGGUUCUAUAUUGGUGUAGGGACUGGUUUUGCUACUGGAUUUUGGAUAGCAUGUGGUGUCUUACUUCUCAACCGUCGAUGGAGACAUGCUUUUUCUCUGUUCUUUGAUGGCUUCAAAGAUUGGGUUUAUGUGAAGGUGGUUGUAUUUGUUGCAAAUUUGCAGAAGGUUAGACAGACAUAG